GAAGUAAACAGAAUGCAAAUUAUUUACCCUGUAUAUAUUGAUAAGAAUAAAACUUUAAGCCAAGGACGAAAGAUCGCAAAGGAAAAAUGUGUGGAAAAUCCAAAGGCAACAGAAAUUGCCGAUAUUUGUCAACAUUUAAAAAUACCAUACGAAUUAGAGAAAACAAAGAGAUACCCACAAGAACCUUUUGAAUUUGGAAGAGUUAGAGUUUUAUUAAAGAAGGAGUCA